AUGUAUACUUAUAUCAACAAGCUUAAGAUAAAUAAGUUCUUGUCUUUAUGUAAAAAUAACUCAUAUAAUUUUUGUAUUAAGGGUAAGUCUAUUGAAGAGAUCAAGAAAUAUUGGGAUGAAAAUUCAGAUAACUAUCUUAGUUAAGAUUCUGGUGCUAAUGGAUUUUACUAUACAUUAAUUAAUAUGUUGAAAAUAGAGAAGAGAAUGAAUAUUUUGGAAGUAGGUGCUGGUGGAGGUUUUCUUUAUAAUCAUUCCUUAAAUAGAAAGCAUCCCAAUUCAAAUUAUUAUGCAACUGAUCUUUCAGAUUCUAUGCUAGGCAUAUUAUGUAAAAGAAUUGGAGUUGAAUAUAAGCCUAAUUAGUUAAUUACUAUUCCAAAUUACAAUUUACACAUAGAAAAAGCAAAUGGUGAAAAAUUACAUUAUAAAAAUGAAAUGUUUGACUGCUACAUUGCUAAUUUAUGUUUGUAAAUUACUACAAAUCCUGAAAAAAUGAUUUAAGAAGCUAAUAGAGUUUUAUAACCAGGAGGAUAUGCUGGUUUUACAGUCUGGGGUGACAAGCAAAGGUCUAGAUUUUUUACUUUAGUACCUUCUAUACUUCAUAGAUAAUUUGGCAUAAAACUUCCAAAAGUUAGAAGCAACUUUCAUUUAAAUGAUAAAUAGAAGUUAAUUAAUAUGCUUGAACAAUUUGGAUUCACUAAUAUUGUAUGUUGGAAUUAGUUUUAACCGUUUCCUUAUGUAGACAAAGAUGAUAUUCAAACAUUAUUCACUCAUCCUAUCGUUAAGGACUCUCUAGCUGAAUGCGGAGAUAAGAAAGAGGAAGUAAAAUAAGCUUUGCUUGAAGCUUUUGAAAAUAUAUUAUUGCAUGAAAGAGAGCCAGUAGGUUUAGACGGGUUGAUGAUUAUAGCAAAAAAGAAAUGA